UAUUGAAUUUCGCUAUUUCAUAAACUCAUUUAUUUUAAUAUCUAUCAAUGAAAUAUUUUCCUUUCCAUUUCAAACAUUUUUAUAAGUAAAUAUAAAAAUCUACAUCCAAUCUAAAUCUACGUUUACAUGGAUUAUUAAUGAUAAUUAACAUUUUAACAAACUUGAAUAUUAUGGCAAUGUUGAACUGGCAUUUGUCUUGAUGACAUUGACAAUUAAUUUGUCAAUACUGGCGCAUUGCUGUUUGUUUCAAAUGCGAUGUUAUGAUGUGUUUGUUGAAUUUGAAGUUAUUUUAUUCAUCUGGUGAUACGCUGAGUUUGGGAACCGUUCCUCCGUAGCCCAAAUUGGUAUUAUUGGCAUCAUUGUUGUGACAAUUGCGAAAAGACACUUAUUUACAUUAUUUUAUGCAGUGUGUUGUUAUUUGUCGCGAUGAUGAAUUUACAGUGUAUUAAUUGCAUUCUGAGUUUGUCGCACAUGAGACGGCAUGCUCUAGAAAAUGAGAGUGAAGAUUAGACGUGGUCAACAAUAUCCCAAUGUGGACUUAUCCUAGAGAUAUCUCUCCUACCGACCAUAUUUGCAAUGCUUGCUGGCAAUUAGCAAUGUAUCGGGAUGUUGCUGAAAGUAUGUCCAGCAAACAAAUUGGUCACUGGCAUGUUUGUGUCGUAUAUGGGUGAUUCAUUGCAAUGAUAAGGUGACGCAGGGUUUUAAUUGAAGGCGCCAACAAACAGGAGUAAAGACUGGCUCAUAUAGUAUUUGAUUGGAUUCAGCCACAAGAGCUUACUUCCCAUGAUGAAGAUCAUGUUCCAUACUGACUGAGGACCGUACAAGAGUCGAAACUAUAAAACCACAACCUGACAUACCACCUCACAGUGUUCACUAUCAGGAAGUAAUGUAUUAUGUAAACAUGGACUAAGCCUCACUUUAACAUUGCCAUUUGUAGAACAGAUGAGGCCGGAUGAUGUUGUUCGGCUCUCAAAGCUUCAACAGAUGCCGAUGCCCCCGAAACCAUUUCCUGGAGUGUUUCGAGCCACCGACAGCAACAUAUUCUGCGCCCAACCCUCCUCCCGAGGCCUCAUUGGAAUCGAAGACUGCCUGACAUUGAGCAUCUUCACAAGAAAUGUCACUUCACCAAAACCAGUCGUCGUCUUCCUCAACUCUGAUGAGUACACCAAUACAAACAACCAACCCAUGUCCUACAGAAGACUUGUGGAACAAAAUAUUGUUUUCGUGACUAUGAAUUUCCGAUUGUCCAUUUUCGGUUUUCUUUGUCUCGGCGUCCAAGAAGCACCUGGUAACGCGGGCUUAAAAGACGUACUCCAAGGACUCAAAUGGAUUAAAUCAAACAUUGCGAACUUUGGAGGAGACCCAAAUAAUGUUAUUCUAAUGGGGCAUGCGUCUGGUGGUGCGCUGGUCGAUCUCCUCACGCUGUCUCCUCAAAUUGAGAAUCUAGCGCAUAAAGCUAUAGUACUCAGUGGUUCUGCGUUAGCUCCAUGGGCUGUAGGUUACGAUCCUGUUGGAUACGCCAAUCUAUUGGGAACGAAACUUGAGUACGACCACAAAACUCCCCAAGUAUUAGCACAACGUCUAAUCAAUACGGACAUUAAUGUUUUACACACUGCAUUGAAUGACUUCAAGUUCUUUAAUAACACGCCAUUGUUCGCACCUUGUGUGGAGAAUCCGAAACUUAGUCCAAACCACACAGUUCUUGGUGAUGCUCCUAUCAACAUCCUGAGAUCAGGUAAAUACGUUCAGAUUCCCGUUAUUUACGGUUACACCAACAGGGAAGGAACUAUGAGGGCUGAAGAGGCUGACUUUGGAAAUUGGUUGACUUUAAUGCAAACCAACUUUACCAGUUUUCUGCAGGUUGAUUUAAAACUAGCAAAUAACAAAACUGCUGUGGCAGCAUCCAUCCGUGACUUCUACUUUGGAAGCAGUGCAAUCAGUAUGGGAACUAUUGAAGACUUUUUAGAUUAUCAAGGAGACACGCUAGUCCUCGUCUCUACCAUCAGAGGGGCUAAGGAAAGAGCUCUAACUUCUAAGAGCGAAGUGAGAUUAAUGGAAUUUGCUUAUCUGGGAACCCUGAACUCAAAUUGGAUUCACAACCAGAUUCCUCUGAGUGGGGCAGCGCAUGGGGCCUUCCUGAAUUAUUUGUUCGGGUAUGACCUACGUCCUGCUGAUGAAGCAGUCAGCAGGGCACUCGUUGGACGUGUGUCAGCUUUUGCUUACAAUUGGUCAAACAAUACAUGGGCGGCCAUUACAAAAGACUCCACAAAUUACCUCUACUACGGUGGUAAUGGGGCUCCGACAGCCAACAACACUUCUAUCUACGUGGAGGAACCCAGGUUCAACCCCCAUGUCCAGCGCAUGUCCUUCUGGAACAACCUCUAUGAGAAGUUCUAUGUUGCUCCUACGCAGCCUAGUUCCGCAAAUAUUAUUAGUCAGAGAAUGCCUAUAAGGGACUUUUUUCCAAAAUACCGUUGA